AUGACACGGCUCCGCUCCGCCGCUCCAGCCCCGCUGCUCUGCACCCUCGCUGUGCUCUUCCAAACCCCCCUGGCAGUGCACCAUGUACCCAUGCUGCUUUGGUCAACUCAGAGAUCACAGUGGAAUCCAGACGCUGCUUUGCACGAAGGACACAUUGUCUCAACACAGGAGCUGACUGCACUCUUGCAACCUGUUUUUAGCCCGAAUUCCAGAAAUCUCAUCUUGUUCCUGCAAGAUACACUUAGCAUAGAUGAUUUCACAUACCACGGUGAAUCCUAUGGUAACAAGAAUCCAUUUCAAAAUGUUCAGGAAAUUCUUCAGUCUUCUCCUUCAUCUUUAGUUUUGCCAGCUGUUGACUGCGAGGCUACCAGGCAUCUUCUGAGCUUUCUUCAGGAGUCAGGACAGUGGAAGUUAACAAACGUAACUGAUCUUGAUGUCUCUCAGCUGGAAGUGAAUACAUCUACACCAAACUUACUGGUGGUUCAGCUACAACCUCUUGUCAGUGGUUUAAAUGAGAUUUCUGCCCUGGAAGCAAUUGCUGAAAACGAGGAGUUGUUAGUUCUCCCUUCUUCUCCCCACAACUUACUGGAUAGAAAAACACUGCAGACGUGUAGUAGGCUGCCUAGAAGUUCACAAAGCCUCUUAUGUUUGUCACAGCAACUUCUUUCCUCUCCGCUGUAG